UUGCAACAGAAUCAAUUCCAUGAAACCUUUAAAAGGUGGCGGCAUUAAUAAGAAAUCGAAAGCCAUGGAUUACACCAAUUAUGCGUACAAUGAGGCGGUCGGGCGCCUGAAGUUGAUGUUGGCCUCUGACUCAUAUUCACCAUCGAAAACGGCCAGCAGUUCGUAUUUGAGGAAUAUCAAUGAUGAUGUUUCGGCGGAUAAUUAUUCGGAUAAUAUGUCGACCAUUGAUCGGCCCGUCUAUGCUGAUAUAUCCAAAUAUCUCUCACCGAGCCAGAAAAAUCGUCUGGGAACCACAGUAACAGGUGGAGGUUUUCGGGCAAGGAAGGCUCUCAGCGGCUUUAGUUCAGCAUCGAAAGAGAAUUUAGCCGCCCCUUCGACAUUCACAGUGGCGGCCACUAAACCUCAUACCACACCACCCACUGACAGCGUCCAGGCUCCGGUGGAAAUUUUCAAUUUUAUUGAAAAACAAGAGGAUUAUAUUGAGCAGCUGGAGAAGGAAUCGAAAUAUUGUCGCAAUGAAUUGACCAACCUGCUGGGCAAGGUUAAGGAUGUGAUCAAUGAAAAUGAACAGUUGACCGAUAUUGCUCGCACCGAGUUGGGGAAUUUGGGCAAGACGAGUGGGGAUAAAUCUAACACCAGUCCCUCAUCUGAUUCUGAUGAUAUCUAUGGAAAAUCCAAAUCGGUGACACCUCGGAAAAAGGAGGUGAAGAGUCCCCGAUAUGCUGCUGCCCCCAAUAUUGUCUAUGAGGCGAGGAUAAGUGAAUUGGAAGCGGAUCUAAUGCAGGCUCAAAUCGAUUUGAAACGUCUCAAGACGGAAAAUGAGGACUUGAAGAAAAAAUUGGCACGAAGUGACCCUUUGGCCAUGGUUAGCACCACCUCAAAUGCAGGACAAAAUUGUGAAAUACAUCGCAAACAAAUUGAUAUGCUGCAAAAGGAUAAGUCCACCUUGGAGGAGACAAUACGCCAUUUGCAAAAAUCCCUAGACGAGGCUAAGUCCGCACAAUACUCUCAGAAUUCCCAGAAGCGUUACAUCAACGAUUUGGUACAAAUGGAACGUUCUCAGGCCGAAAUGGAGGUACGACACUUACGUGACGAACUCGAUCGUCAACAUGAACGUGUUCGGGAAUUACAAAUGGAAAUGGCUCGACGUGUGGCCGAAGAACGUUCCAAUGCCGAGAGACGUUAUAACAACCAAGUUGAUCAGCUGGGUGGUGAUUUGAGUAGCCAAUGGGAACAGGUUGCCAAACUGCAAUUGGAGCUGGAACGUCAGAAGCGCAUUGAAGGUGACAUGAAACGUGAUUUGGCCAAUCGCAAUUCUCAAAUUGAGGAAUUGAAAAUGGAGCUGCGUUCCAAUCGCUCCACAUUUUUGGCCGAUAUGGCCCAGGUCAAUGCUGAGAAACAAUCAUUGGAACAGGAGAUAACAGCAUUGCGUUUGCAGCUGGAUCGUGCCUUGCGUGAGAAUAAAACCGAGGCGGCACGUUUAAAUGCCGAGAUAAAUUCUCUGCGUCAACGUCUGGAUCGUGCCGAUGCUGAUUUGUUGCAUUCCAAGCGGGAAGUGUUGCGUUUGAACGAUGAAAUUGCCAGUUUGGAAAAGGAGUUGGCCUAUGGUGAAAUGAAAAAUGAAAUACGCCCCACCAAAAAAGAUUUGGAUAAACGAAUUUCCGAAAUGCAAGAAAAGCAUGAACGGAAAUAUCUUCAUUACAAUCAAAUGUAGAAUAUUUAACAAAUCGUAUGAUGAGCAAUGAUCGUAUUGGUAAAUUAGACAAUACACCGACAUCAUACGACAGUUUACCAUCAGCAGGCAAAGCCUCUCUCGACUACAAGCCGACCACAUUUGGCACAACCGACAACACUCCACGACCAACAACAACAACAACCCUUGCCACAGACGACUACAGUGGCAAAACGAAUCCCUACACCUAUGACUCCAUAUUGGGUAAA